AUGGCCAUGAAUUUCGUGACUUUUAAUCAGGACUACAGCUACCUGGCUGUGGGUGAGCGCCCCGGCUUUUCGUACUGCCUAUCGCUGGAUGUUCGACUGACCGCAUUUGUAGCAACAUCGAAAGGAUUUCAGAUAUUCACCACUGAGCCCUUUGCCAAAAGCUAUGAAGCUAAAGAAGGAAACAUCGCAGUCAUCGAGAUGCUAUUCUCAACUUCUCUCGUGGCUUUGAUCUUAUCCCCCAGGCGUUUGCAGAUCCAAAACACCAAGCGACAAUGCACAAUAUGCGAGCUAACAUUCCCGACAACGGUUCUGGCAGUCAAGCUAAAUCGCAAGCGGCUCGUCAUUGUCCUCGAGGAUCAAAUUUAUCUUUAUGACAUCCAGACCAUGAAGCUUUUGUCCACGAUCGAUACCUCACCGAACCCAAAUGCCAUCUGCGCCCUGGCUCCAUCGUCAGAAAAUUGUUAUAUGGCAUAUCCUCUUCCGCAAAAGGCCCCUGCAGCUGCUAAUACGCCAGCGCAUGCCCCGCCUGGAGCGACUCACGUUUCGCCUACCACUGGAGAUGUUCUGAUUUUCGAUGCCGUAAAAUUAGAAGCUAUAAAUGUGAUCGAAGCCCACCGUUCGCCCCUGGCACUCAUUGCGCUCAAUAGCGAUGGGACAUUGUUGGCCACUGCCUCAGACAAAGGGACUAUCAUACGCAUAUUCUCUGUUCCAGAUGGCCACAAGCUGUAUCAGUUCCGACGUGGUUCUAUGCCAUCUCGCAUUUACAGCAUGUCCUUCAACACGACAUCAACACUACUGUGUGUUUCUUCGUCUACGGAGACCGUUCACAUCUUCAAGUUGACCCAACAAGGACCGUUUUCAGAUGGCUCACUGUCACAUUCUCCAGGUGCGCGGGAGCAGAUUUCUCCCUCAAGUGGAUACGGACAUUCGCCCGAUGAAGAUGAUCUGGGAGACGCAGGCUCGGACUCUUCAUCAAGGAAGCACAACGGAACACUCAUGGGAAUGCUCCGCCGGACCUCCCAGAACGUCGGCGGUGCAGUCGCAGCGAGAGUGGGCGGAUAUCUCCCGAAGGGAGUCAGUGAGAUGUGGGAACCAGCUCGAGACUUUGCUUGGAUCAAAUUGCCACGGUCAAGCCAAGGCUCCGCCGGAAGCCCCGGUGCCGGACCAACGAGGAGUGUUGUUGCCAUGAGCAGCAAUACGCCUCAGGUCAUGGUUGUCACCAGCGAUGGCGGCUUUUACGUCUUCAAUAUUGAUCUCUCGAAAGGCGGAGAAGGAACUCUGACCAAACAAUACUCCGUCGUGGAUUCGAAUGAUAGGCUGGGCUACACCACAGAGUAUUGA